UUUGCAUUGCUUGAAUAGUGUGAACAUUAUGGAUAGCACUUGUUCAGCUGAAAAGCAGGCUUCUCCACAUGAUCAAGAAAAUCCUGGAAACUUGAAAAAGCUUGUCAUUAUUUCUACAGAGAAGAUGGAGAAGGAGAAGGAGAAGGAGAAAGAGAAGGAGAUGGAGAUGGAGGACGUGGAAGAAGGGUGUAAAACCCCAACAAGUCCAAAGAACAAGAUACCAUCCCCUCUUAAAUGUCCGCCACCACCGAAAAAGAAACCAAGCCCUCCACUGGCGGCGGCCUCCAAGAGAAGGACAAGUUUUUACCAACAACAAGUCACGGCCGAGGAGAUAGAGGAGUUCUUCCAAGCCCUUCCGAUCCGCAAAUGAGUCCUUACCUAUGGUUAACAAUAAUGGAGCUAAAGUAUACAAUUGCUCUCUUAUAUAAAUGGAGAAAGGUUAUAUAUUUUUUCCCUAGAAUUUAAAAUCAUGACAUAGACAUACUUAAAAGAGAGAUAUAUAUAUAACAAUGUUAGCGGGUCUAACAUAUUAGUAUGUCUUGUAUGAGGUUAAAUUUUAGAUAGAAAUAUAUUUCUCCAUGCAUGCAUGUAAUAUUAGGGAUGAAUAAUGAUUUUAUGUUUUUAUUUAGAUUAUUUUUUUAUUAGUUUAAUGUUGAUGGUAUUAAUUACAGUAAAAGACUGAAAGUA